AGACCUACUGUUGAGCCACUUUGGAGCGCGAGCAAGAAGUUUAGAUUUUACUAACUAUGUUAAAAGAUGUUGGGGGUUACUUUUUAAGACAAUCAGUUUUAUAUUUAAGAAGUUAAAAUAACUAAACAAUAUGUUAAUAAAACUAUAAGGACAUGGUAUGUUUUUGUCAGAAUAUCUUGUCUCAGUAUUCUAUUAAUAGUAAUGCUAUCUCAGGAUCUAUAUUCUGUAUGUAGGUUGUACUUGUACUGUUGUAGCCAGCUUAUAAGACACAUCAAGUGGAAUCAUUUUUACUCUGAGACACUUCUGUAUCAUGGAAUCAUCUCAAGAGAAUUACAACAUUGAGGAAUUGUUACCAUCUUGCUGGGAGGAUGACGUGCGGAUGAACUUGUUGUUUUCUUCAUUUAGAAAUAAGGAAGUCAACCCCAAGGGAUGGACAGACAAAAUGAUGUUUUGGACAUCACUAAUUUUAAAAUGGAAUAAAUUAUCAAAAAGUGCUACAUUCUCUCUGCACAAAUUAAAUAUGGUAUUCCAGAGAAAUGGUCAAAUCCCCCAGUGUUUGGACAUAGUAUUAGAAGAAAUGAAGAGACAAGGACAGAUUCAGUCACUUGAUAAUUUCAUUUUUGAAAACCAGAGGAAAACAUGGUUGAAUCGGGGAGCAGAUCUGCUGAUUAGGAAACCCAUUCGAUGGGGACUUAAUUUACUUUUAUCAACUGUUAGGUGGAGUGACCCUCCAAAUGAAAUAUUUGUGAAUGUCAUGUUUUUAAAGGAUAUGGCUGAUCAAGUCCUUACUAGAUGCCAGAAUCAAAUUGUUUCAGAAUGGACAGAUAGUAUUCUGUCUGAAGAGGAGUUAUGGCAGCAAUGUAAAGACAUUUGCCCUUUGAUGGAGACAUUUGAACUUGUAGUUAUGAUCUUAGACAAACAAAAUCAUCUCAGAAUAUUACAGCAUUCUGAAAAAGAAGAAAAAAUUAUCAGAUUUCAGAAUAGAAAAACUAACUUAUCAUCACCACUUUCUGAACUUGAAGUUGGGAUUUUGAACUUGAAACAAGUAAAGCAGAAGUUGGAGGACGAUAUUGAAAAAUUACAGGAAGAAUAUAAAGGAUUAAGAGAUGAAGCUCAACUAGCAGUUAGGGAUAAACAGAAGAAUAAGGCAGCUAAUCUUUUACGUAAGAAGAAAAUCACAGAACUGUCAAUGGAGAAAAAGCAGAAAACGCUUGAAAAUAUAGAAGGAUUACUUCAUCGUCUACAAGAAGCUGACUCAGAAAACAUGGUGUUAAAAGGUUAUGAAACUGGAGUGCAGGUUUUGAAAUCAAUGUCUGACAGAGAUUUAUCAUGGAACAAGAUUGAUACAACUUUAACGGAUCUUGAAGAGGUCCUACAAAAUGAGACUGAAAUUAGGGAAGCCAUGUCCAAGCCUCUUGUCGGAGUAUGUGAUUAUGAUACGGAAGAACUGGAGGUAGAGCUUGAUGAACUUUUGAAAGGUGAACAGGAAGAAUUAACACAUCUUAAUAAAAACCAAGUUAAUUCUGAUGAAGAGCUUUCUGCUUUCAUGACUCAUCUAUCAGUCAACAAACAUGGUAUUUCCUGGCCAGAAAUACCUACAACCUCACAAGAAGAGGAGUCCAUUAUUGUUCAUAACAAGCCUGUAAUGUUAAGCUAGGUUGCUUCUUACUGUGAAAGUAUCAUAUUACAUUAAA